AGCCAAUCGUGGGGACCCUAGCAGAUCUCAGAAGGAGAAGGAUCGAAGCAACGCGGGCUGAGAAGGCUCGGGAUCCGGGCUGCACAAGUGGAGAGAGAGUUAGAGGGGACAUUUAGGCAGGGGGUUGGGGCUUCAGAGAGGCGUUGAGGCCCACUGUGGGCCAGUAGGAGGUGGAGGAGCCUAGAAAGAUGCCACGGCCGGGGAAGAGCUCGUACAGCGACCAAAAACCGCCCUACUCGUACAUCUCAUUGACAGCCAUGGCCAUCCAGCACUCGGCUGAGAAGAUGUUACCUCUGAGCGACAUCUACAAGUUCAUCAUGGAGCGCUUCCCCUACUACCGCGAGCACACGCAGCGCUGGCAGAACAGCCUGCGCCACAACCUCUCCUUCAAUGACUGCUUCAUCAAGAUCCCGCGGCGGCCGGACCAACCCGGUAAGGGCAGUUUCUGGGCUCUACACCCUGACUGCGGUGACAUGUUCGAGAAUGGGAGCUUCUUGAGGCGCCGCAAGCGAUUCAAGGUACUGCGCGCAGACCACGCUCACCUGCACGCAGGAAGCGGCAAGGGUGCGCCCGGGACGGGGCCCGGGGGUCAUCUGCACCCCCACCAUACCCACCACCCGCACCACCACCACCACCAUCACCACCACGCGGCACACCACCACCACCACCAUCCGCCCCAGCCGCCACCGCCGCCACCGCACAUGGUGCCCUAUUUCCACCAGCAGCCGGCUCCCGCUCCGCAGCCGCCACACCUCCCGUCGCAGCCCGCGCAGCAGCCACCUCCGCAGUCGCAGCCUCCGCAGCCGCCCCAUCCCGGGAAGAUGCAGGAGGCGGCGGCAGUGGCGGCGGCAGCUGCGGCGGCGGCUGCCGCGGCGGUGGGCAGCGUGGGGCGUCUGUCUCAGUUUCCACCCUACGGGCUGGGCUCGGCCGCCGCCGCGGCCGCCGCGGCCGCCGCGUCCACCACGGGCUUCAAACACCCGUUCGCCAUAGAGAACAUCAUCGGGAGGGACUACAAGGGAGUGCUACAAGCUGGAGGGUUGCCUUUGGCAUCUGUCAUGCACCACUUGGGCUACCCCGUGCCAGGCCAGCUUGGCAAUGUUGUCGGCUCGGUGUGGCCUCAUGUUGGUGUGAUGGAUUCGGUGGCCGCGGCCGCUGCCGCCGCCGCUGCAGCUGGGGUCCCGGUAGGCCCUGAGUAUGGGGCGUUCGGGGUGCCAGUCAAGGCCCUGUGUCACUCGGCAAACCAGAGCCUGCCAGCUGUACCGGUGCCCAUCAAGCCCACUCCUGCGCUCCCACCCGUGACCACACUGCCGCCGGCGCUGGCAGUCCCCACGGCGUCACAACAGCUGCCUGCUCCCUCAACCGUGUGCGCGGCCACGGCCUCACCCACAGCCCCUCUCUUGGAGCCGACCUCAGCUAGCACAGCUGACAGCAAGGGAGGCUCCUUGCACUCGGUGUUGGUGCACUCCUAGGGGAGGAGACACCUGGCGAGUGACUGAGUCAAUGGCCCUAGAUCGAGAGAGCAUCCCAAAGUGGCAGACAAAGUUGACUUCGAGA